AUGAAUAAUAUUAAAGUAGAAAAUAGUGAAAUAGAAUUUAUGAGAAUGCAGGGAAAUGGAUCUUGUCUUGAAGAUAUUCUAAAUGUAGAUCUUUAUAAGUGUGAAAAGAUAGAAACAUAUUUUGACACUAUUCAAAAACUUAUAAACUGUAAAUGUUUAAUACUAAGUUUUACAACUAUUACUGUAAGUCCACCACUGAGAGAAUUAACCAAUCUACAAGAGAUUUAUCUAAGAGGUUGCGAGAUGGACAUUGGUAUAUUAGUUUCUAUUAUAAAUGAUCUAAUGACUAUCAAAACUUUAAAUCAUUUAUGUAUUGAAGGAAUUAAAGUUUUAAGUAAAGGAAAGCCGAUUGGAAUUAGGGAAGAUGUUAUUUUAAAUAGAUUAACACAGAUAUCAAUUUAUAAUUUUAAAAUUUUACAAGGAAGAGAGGCGAAAAGAGUUGCUUUGACACCGAUUGUUGAAAAUACAAAUAAAUCUGCUUUAGUUUCUCCAAACAAAAAAGAAAAUGAAGAUAUUAAGAAGAAAAAAGUUGCAUUCGAAGAUCAACCCGAAAUGAUUAUACCUAAAUCUCCAGAAAGAAGAGCUACAAAAAGUCUUGCUCUGAAGAAACCUGCCCCUAAAAUGAAUAGUUCUCCUGUGAAUUUAAUUGAACAGAUAAACAACAAUAACCAAAUAUCACCUAAAACCACAUCUUCUCCAAGAAAGGAAUUACAACCACCUAAAUCAAUUACAAUACCCAAAGAAACUAGACUAAUUUCUGUUCCCACAUCAUCAACAACAACCACCACUACUACAACGAAUUCUUCAAACAUUCAACCUAAAUCACCACCCUUAACAACACCUAAACCCACUAGAACAACUUCUAUCUCCACACAGUCAAGACCAUCUACCGUUGACACCACAACUACAACAAGACAAACAACAAAUUCACCUCCAUCAUCCUCUCCAACUAGUAGAAGACUAACUCAAUCAUCCAGAUCUGGAUCUCCAACUCCACCAUCCACUCAAGCAAGAACCAAUAACUUAAGAUCACCACAACAAAAACCAACUGUAACAGAAAAGUCUGACACUCAAUGA